GAGCAGAUGGCCAGGCUCCCGCUCCCUCCGCCGCCGGCCAGCCCUUAAAGCAGGCGCCGGGCGGGAGAGCAGACUCGCAGCAUGACGACUCCCCGCCGCCUCGACAAGGCGCUGAAAAUGUCCCUGCGGAGGAAGACCAAGAUUCAUUCGGCGGCUGGUCCCAUUUGCUCUAAUUCGGGCUACAAGAAGGCGGAUGAUGAGAUGUCCGGGGCCACGUCCUCUGCAGACCAGGGAGAGGCAGCAGCUCGCACCAUUUACUUGAAUGAACCUCAGCAGAGCAAGUUCCACGACAACUGGGUCAGCACAGCUAAAUACAGCGUGGUGACAUUUCUACCUCGAUUCCUGUAUGAACAGAUUAGAAAAGCUGCAAAUGCUUUCUUCCUCUUCAUUGCCUUACUGCAGCAAAUUCCAGAGGUCUCUCCAACUGGAAGAUAUACUACCUUGGUGCCAUUUCUAUUUAUUCUAACAGUUGCUGGCAUCAAAGAAAUAAUAGAAGAUUAUAAAAGACACAAAGCUGACAGUACAGUGAACAGAAAGAAAACAAUAGUUUUAAGAAAUGGAACAUGGGAGGAUAUCAUGUGGAAGAAGGUGGCAGUGGGAGACUUUGCGAAGGUCACCAAUGGGCAGCAUCUCCCAGCAGACAUGAUCAUUUUAUCUACCAGUGAACCUCAGGCAAUGUGUUAUAUUGAAACAGCUAAUCUUGAUGGAGAGACGAAUCUUAAAAUACGACAGGGAUUGAUUCAGACUGCUAACCUCCAAUCAAAAGAAGACUUGAUGAAAAUGUCUGGGAAGAUAGAGUGUGAAGGACCUAAUCGUCACCUCUAUGAUUUCACUGGAAAUCUCCGCCUUGAAAAUCAAAGUCCACUUCCAAUUGGACCUGAUCAGAUCUUACUAAGAGGUACACAAUUAAGGAACACUCAAUGGGUUUUAGGAAUAGUUGUCUACACAGGACAUGACACAAAACUUAUGCAGAAUUCAACCAAAGCUCCACUGAAGAGAUCAAACGUAGAAAAAGUUACCAAUAUGCAGAUUCUCAUUUUGUUUUGCAUCCUUCUCGUCAUGGCUUUAGUGAGUUCUGUCGGUGCCUUACUGUGGAACAGAACACAUGGAGAAGUCAUUUGGUACUUUGAUUCCAAUGAAGUCCGAUCCACUAAUUUUGGAUAUAAUCUGCUCACCUUUAUAAUCUUGUACAACAACCUUAUUCCCAUCAGUCUACUGGUGACUCUGGAAGUUGUGAAGUUUACUCAGGCUCUUUUUAUAAAUUGGGACAUAGAUAUGUAUUAUACUGAAACCGAUACACCUGCAAUGGCCAGAACUUCAAAUCUUAAUGAGGAACUUGGCCAGGUUAAGUAUCUAUUCUCUGAUAAAACAGGCACCUUAACAUGCAAUAUUAUGAAUUUUAAGAAAUGUAGUAUUGCUGGAGUAACCUAUGGUCACUUCCCAGAACUGGCAAGAGAAUGUUCCUCAGAAGAUUUCAGCCAGCUUCCUCCUCCUAUUAGUGAAUCUUGUGAAUUUGAUGACCCAAGACUGCUGCAGAACAUCGAGGCUGAUCAUCCCACAGCUAUGCACAUCAAAGAAUUCCUCACUCUGCUGGCUGUGUGUCACACUGUUGUUCCAGAAAGACAUGAAAACUCCAUCAUCUACCAGGCCUCUUCUCCAGAUGAAGGAGCUUUAGUCAAAGGAGCAAAAAAACUUGGCUAUGUUUUCACUGGGAGGACACCACGUUCUGUCAUCAUUGAUGCGCUAGGAAAAGAAGAGACAUUUGAGAUCCUUAACGUUUUGGAAUUUUCAAGUGAUCGAAAGAGAAUGUCUGUAAUUGUUCGAACUCCAGAUGGUCAACUACGUUUGUAUUGCAAAGGAGCUGAUAAUGUCAUUUUUGAGAGAUUAUCCAAAGACUCAAAGUACAUGGAGCAAACUCUAUGUCAUCUUGAAUAUUUUGCCACAGAAGGUUUGAGGACUUUGUGCAUCGCCUAUGCAGACAUAUCAGAAAACUCUUACCAGGAAUGGCUGGACAUAUAUAACGAAGCCAGCACAAAUUUGAAAGACAGAACUCAAAAGUUGGAGGAGUGUUAUGAGAUAAUUGAGAAGGAAUUGCUGCUGCUGGGUGCAACAGCCAUUGAGGAUCGCCUUCAAGCUGGCGUCCCAGAAACAAUAUCUACUCUAAUAAAAGCAGAGAUCAAGAUUUGGGUACUAACGGGGGACAAACAAGAAACUGCUCUCAAUAUAGGGUACUCCUGCAGGCUCGUUUCCCAGAGUAUGACUCUCAUCCUCGUGAAUGAAGAUUCUUUGGAUGCAACAAGAGCUGCAUUAACGCACCAUUGUGAAAGUCUGGGAGACUCACUGGGCAAAGAAAAUGAUAUUGCUUUGAUUAUAGAUGGCCAAACUCUGAAGUAUGCCCUGUCCUUUGAAGUGAGGCAGUCCUUCCUGGACCUAGCAUUGUCCUGCAAGGCUGUCAUUUGUUGCAGGGUGUCUCCUCUGCAGAAGUCAGAAAUAGUAGACAUGGUAAAGAAACAUGUGAAUGCCAUCACUCUGGCCAUUGGGGAUGGUGCCAAUGAUGUUGGAAUGAUCCAGACGGCUCAUGUUGGAGUGGGGAUCAGUGGCAAUGAAGGCAUGCAGGCAACCAACUCUUCUGAUUAUGCAAUAGCACAGUUUUCCUACUUGGAGAAGCUGUUACUUGUCCAUGGAGCCUGGAGUUACAAUCGAGUGACGAAAUGCAUAUUGUAUUGCUUUUAUAAGAAUGUCGUUCUUUAUAUUAUUGAGCUUUGGUUUGCAUUCGUUAAUGGAUUCUCUGGGCAGAUUUUAUUUGAGCGCUGGUGCAUCGGGCUCUACAAUGUGAUUUUCACAGCAUUACCUCCCUUCACCUUGGGAAUCUUUGAACGAUCGUGCUCCCAGGACAACAUGCUUAGGUUUCCCCAGCUCUACAAAAUUACUCAAAAUGCUGAUGGGUUCAAUAGCAGGGUAUUCUGGGGUCACUGCAUCAAUGCCUUGAUCCACUCCGUCAUUCUUUUUUGGUUUCCCCUGAAAGCACUAGAACAUGAUACAGUAUUUACAAAUGGCCAGGCUGUUGACUACCUGUUUGUUGGAAAUAUUGUUUAUACGUAUGUUGUGGUGACAGUCUGUUUGAAAGCUGGUUUAGAAACCACAGCAUGGACAAAGUUCAGUCACUUGGCUGUCUGGGGAAGCAUGCUGCUUUGGCUCGUCUUCUUCGGUGUCUACUCUACUAUCUGGCCUGUCAUUCCUAUAGCACCAGACAUGCUUGGACAGGCAGGAAUGGUAUUGAGAUGCGGACACUUCUGGAUCGGUUUAUUGCUCGUGCCCACAGCGUGCCUUGUUAAAGAUGUGGCAUGGAGAGCGGCCAAGCAUUCUUACCGUAAAACUUUGCUGGAGCAGGUUCAAGAGUUGGAAGCUAAAUCCAAAGAGCUGAGGAAAUCUAUGCUGCGUGAUAGCAAUGGAAAGAGCAUGAAUGAACGUGACCAUUUGUUAAAAAGGCUAGGAAGAAAGACCCCUCCAUGCCUCUUCCGUGCUCAUUCUGUCCAGCAAGGAGUGUCACAUGGUUACGCUUUUUCUCAAGAGGAGCACGGGGUCGUUUCUCAGUCUCAAGUUGUUCGAUCCUACGACACUACAAAGCAGAGAGCCGGAGUCGAAUAACAUGGACUUCUUCCCCGUGAUUGGUGGCUGGAGGAAAGAGAUGUGGAUCAAUGUGUCCACUGUGAAUACACCCUUGAGUAAGGCUGGCAGCAGAAACGUAAACACCGGAAAACUUUUUACUGUGGCCUUAGCCAACAAGUUUGUUCUCUAUGCUGCUUCCAGACCUUGAGCACACUUUGAGGUGGGGUAGGGGGGUGGGAGAGCAGUCCUUGCCGGAAGCCAGCUGUUCUUUCGGUUUACAUGGCUUAUGAAACAUUUGGCUCUGCUGACCAAGGUGUGAUGCUGAAAACAUUUUGUUUCUAUUGCCAUUUUUCAAACGGCAGGGCAAAAAGUAUUUGGGGUUUUGCAGAGAAAAUCAAAAAGGCGAUAAGGCCCGUUGCUGAUCUACCUUUGCUGAAUUCAGACUUCCCACUUUCUCAUGCCCAGACUUAGCUGCAUGUAUGAAGCCUUUAUAAUACUCACUGUUUAUUUGACUGGAAUGUUUACAGAGAGGCGAAGAAGUACAGAGAAGCAAAUAUAACCCAGGGAAAAAAAAAGGGAGAGGAAAGAAUUAAGGCUCCUAGAACAAUCAUCAACAGCUUGUCUUGGAAUGGAUCAGCACUAGACAAAAUACUUUACAGAAUUCUUAGCUUGUUUACGCAAACCACACACAGACAUCCACAAUCAUUUACUCUGCUGCAAUACUAUCUAUCACCCAAGUCAUUUGAAUGGCAGGCCUGCAUCUCAAACUUACAGCUGAAGUGCAGCUUUUUAUUAAGUCCUGAGACAGAUCUGUUCUGGUAUGAAACGGAGAAAAAAUAUCUUAUUGUUCUGAUGAAAAGACAAAGAAAGUAUCUAGCUUUAAAGUCAGUUAAUCAAUUUAACGUUUUGUCCCCACUGUGGCUCAUGACUUAAAAUACUCCAGCGCACAAGGGCAAAAGACAAGCUGGUGCCUUAACAUCUUCUGCUUGAGAAACUCAUUAGAACUUUUGAGAGAUGGUAUAAGACUACAUAUUGGAAAGAUCAGGAAAGAACUACAGGUCCCUAUUAAGGUGACCCCCAAGUUUUUGCUAUGAUGUAACAAGAUCUCCUUUCAAAUAAACACACAAUGAAAAAGUAACUUCCUCCCUUGAGAAAAUAUAUCAGUGAAAUAAAUGAAGACUUAACCUGUAGUAACUUAAGCAUCUCUGUUUCUAUUCAUCAUUUGGAGAAAUGGCAUAAGGAUUUUUAAAUGUUUUCUAUGGUUGUGGGAAGUAUUGCAACAAGUAGAGGGAAAUUUCAGUUAGUGAUGGUUGUUUAUUUUUCUUAAAAUCAGCCUCAAGGUCAUGGCAUGGCCACUUCAGGGAACAAUGUCCUGUGAGGAUUGGUUUUACAAAUACAUCCAGAUUGUAUUGCAAAAUAUUGGGCUAUUGUUUGGGUUGUCUGCUUCUUCUGGCAGGGCUUUCUGUGCUGCAAAGAUAAUUCUGUUAAAGAGAAGGUAGCACUUUUAGUAAAGGACCUUCUGUUUGCUAAUAAUUCUACCUGUCAUGUAUUGUUAACACCACAAAAAAAAUCCUACCAGAAAAAUAAGUUGACAUGCCUAGUUAGCAUGCCAGUAAACAAUUGUGUUCACAGGUCCACGAAAAGGAUAUCCUCCUAACUUUUCUUUUCCAUGCUAUUUUAAUUUCUGGAUUUUUUUUUUUCAAUGAAAUCCUGAGAAAUGCAAAGAACCCUUGCUUGAAUGGUUGAUACUUUCUCUGGAAGGUCCCAAAGGUGCUUUUUUCAGGAUGCAACUGGACUUUCUUGUUUUUUCUUUGAAGAUGUUUCACUUCUCAUCCAAGAAGCUUCUUCUUUGGGACAACCAUGACCUGGACGACUGAGAAUCUCUACAGACCUCUCUGGAAUACCUUGGAAUCCUGCAUGAUUUCAGAGAAAGCAAGAUAUUAAUAAAGCCCUUAGAUUCACCUGGUGCUGCUAUCUAAGCAAGGCUUAGUUAGUCCUAGCAGCCUCACUACAUUUCUGAAUAGCUUAAGAUAAAUACCAUUGCAACUUUGUCCUCAGGUGCAUCGGCCGGUUAUCCUGUGCGCUGUAUAUAAGGCCUUAAAAGGUUGACACUUUAUUAGUCCUUUUUGCUGACAGUCCUCUGGAACAUAGGUAGAUUUAAGAAAAUUUGGUCACAGAGAGAUCUACUCAGCCAGCAAAAAGAAGUUAACCAUCUCUUUAUCUAGGCUGAAGGGCCUGAAAUCAAUUCCAGUACUUGAGUGUCAUUAUUCAGUAUGUACCACUUUUAAGAAUUAACAUUUUCUUGUAGAAUGUUUUUAUUAUUAUUCCACAGCAUUCUAACGGUUUUCCUUGGACCAUAACUGGGAAAGACAUCGCAUCCACUAGCACUAUAUGAGCUUAAAAAUAAUUUGGGAGAAAUGCUGUAGGCCUUGUACAAACACAACACCUCCUUCCUGUUCUUUAACACAAUUUGAUUUUUUCCAGACUUGACUGUUGCUUUAAGAAGUCAGUUCAUUAAAGUAAGUGUGAUUCUUAGAGGAGCAACAUUUUUUUUCCAGGUUCACACAGUAUUGUUCACUAUAACUUAAGAAAGAUCUGCAAAAAAAUAACUUUCUGGGGCAGAUUUCUGAAAUCACAUUAUAUAGCCUACCCUAAUCCCACCCCCCAAAUAUUAGCAGUCCUAUCUACCAUUCCAUUAUGAUCAUAUACAUACAUAUACAGUAAUAUAUACAUUUAUCCAUAUCAGUAGGUAAAUCAGAGCUUAAAAUCUGAACAGCUGAAGUUAAUAACUAUACUGCAAAGCUUAGGCUGCAAUCCUGGGAGUAAGACCCAUUUAUUACAUUGGUUCUUACUUCUAAGGAAACUUGCAAAGGAUUAAGUUAAACAAUACAUUUUGCCAGUUUAGCUAAUUAAUAUCUCCCAAAGACUUUGAGAAUUAGAGAGCUUAGACAGAUCAAUCAACCAAUGGAACAGAAGUUGCCUUCAGAAGUUGUGGGAGCUUCAUCACUGGAAGCUUUUAAGAAGAGACUAGACUGCCAUCUGUCAGAAAUGGUGUGGGGUCUCCUGCUUGGGCAGGGGAUUGGACUAGAUGACCUACAAGGUCCCUUCCGUUAAUCUGUUAGAUCUACACCCAAAAAGUUAAAUUCACAGAAUUAUUUGAAAAGAAGCUCCUUACAGGAUACACAACGAAAUCAACUCUUUACAGGGAGUUCUCAGGUUACAACCAUUUCUUCAGCAACCUUUCAAAGUUCAGACUGUGCUGAAUGAAUGCUCAUGACAAUCCUUACCAUUCUUUGACCCAGCAUCCCACAGUCAUGUGAAUGCAGCUCCUGGCUUGAAAUUGCAAUGUCACAGUGAGUCACAAUCAUGUGAUUUGAUUUCCAACAUUUUCUGUUGGCUUCCCACAAGCAAAAUCAAUGGAGAAUUCAGAGCUCGCAGUCAUGCGAGAUCCUCAUUCAACAAUCGAUGUGAGCCUGGUUUAUGGGAACUGGGGCUACUAGAAUUGCUGUCACUAAGCGACACAGCCAGCAACAUCUCACUUUAUUACCGUGUCUCUUACUGAUGGCAGAUUUGGUCCCAAUUGCCAUCAUAAACUGAGGACCACCUGGAUUUUAACUUUUUGGCUGCAAAAACCAAGGUAACCACAAGAUGUCAGCAAAGAGAUACAAAAACCCCUUCCAUUUACUGGCCAUCUAGAUUUUUGCAGGCUGGAUCUGAUAGCUCUAUUGUAUAUACACAUCUUGAGGUUACCUAUUAUUAGGUCAAAACCAUCUAGUUCUUUUCCUGUGGUGUAUGUCUCACAUACCGAUUAAGUCAUUUUUCAUAUCUUCAAAUCUGCUUUAAGGCAAGUGAAAAUGAGCAGGAGCUGCCUGAAAUGGCUUUGUCCCAAAUAAACAGACUUUUAAGGGAGGGCGUAUUUCAGAGAUCUGAAAUUAUUAUUAACAGCAUUUCCCAGUUUCCCCCUCUCUCUCUUUUGGAAAAAGCCACAUUUGUAAUGGUAGCUUGGAGCGUUAUAGCAGUUGAUGUUUAUUGGCAAAGUAAAAUGAAGCAAUCCCAAACUAGGGAGAUUCCAUCAGUUUUCCUCAGAGAAGGAACCCAACAUUAUUGAAAGUAUACAAAUUCACCUCUUCUGAUCCCACCAACCUUGCAAGUCUCACGUAUGACACUAUUCAGUACCAUUAACAAUACUCAUGUGUUCUUUCUAGCAUGAAAAAGAAAUAUGGAGAUCUCUGUCCUUUUUGUUUGCUUAUUUGUCAUUUGUUGGGAGGGGAGAUAAGUUUAAGAGCAGUCCCGCUUAUCUUUGGGAAGACAUGAACAGGUAACUUCAUAUGAAAAGAACUGAUAUGCUCUGCUUUUAUGUAAUCUUUCCAAACUAAUAAUUUAUUAUGUACAAAGACAAUAGCUUUAUCAUAUCUAGUGUUAUGUAAAUAAAAAGCCUUACCUUUAUAUAUA